UGCAGCCGCAGCCCCCGCCGGCGGCAUGAGGCGCCCCCCGACCCCCGGCUUCUCCAUGCUGCUCUUCGGGGUGUCGCUGGCCUGCUACUCGCCCAGCCUCAGGUCGGUGCAGGACCAGGCCUACCGGGCCCCGGUGGUGGUGGAGGGCAAGGUCCAGGGGCUGGCCCCCUCGGCCGGCCCCAACGGCACCCGGGAGCCCGCGCCCGCCGCCGGCCCGGUGGCGCUGGUCAAGGUGCUGGACAAGUGGGCGCUCCGGAGCGGCGGCCUGCAGCGGGAGCAGCUCAUCAGCGUGGGCUCCUGCGCCCCGGUCCAGAGGAACCAGCGCUACAUCUUCUUCCUGGAGCCCACCGACCAGCCCCUCGUCUUCAAGACGGCCUUCGCCCCCCUCGACACCAACGCCAAGAACCUCAAGAAGGAGGUGGGCCGCAUCCUCUGCGCCGACUGCGCGGUCCGGCCCAAGCUGAAGAAGAUGAAGAGCCAGAACGUGCAGGUCGGAGACAAGCAGUCGCUCAAGUGCGAGGCCUCCGCCGGCAACCCCCAGCCCUCCUACAGGUGGUUCAAGGACGGGAAGGAGCUCAACAAGACCAGGGACAUCCGGAUCAAAUACGGAAAUGGCAAAAAAAAUUCAAGACUGCAGUUCAAUAAGGUGAAGGUGGAAGAUGCAGGGGAAUAUGUCUGUGAGGCGGAGAACAUUCUAGGGAAAGACACUGCAAAAGGGAGACUUAAUGUGAACAGUGUGACCACGACGCUCUCCUCCUGGUCUGGGCACGCCAGGAAGUGCAACGAGACGGCCAGGUCCUUCUGCGUGAACGGCGGAGUGUGUUACUACAUCGAGGGCAUCAACCAGCUUUCCUGCAAAUGCCCGGUUGGAUACACGGGGGACAGGUGCCAACAGUUCGCAAUGGUCAACUUCUCCAAGCACCUCGGAUUUGAGUUGAAGGAGGCCGAGGAGCUGUAUCAGAAGAGGGUUCUCACCAUCACGGGCAUCUGCGUGGCCCUGCUUGUGGUGGGCAUCGUGUGCGUGGUGGCCUACUGUAAGACCAAGAAGCAGCGGAAGCAGAUGCACAACCACCUGCGGCAAAACAUGUGUCCGGCCCACCAGAACCGGAACCUAGCCAACGGACCCAGUCACCCGCGGCUGGACCCCGAGGAGAUCCCCAUGGCAGACUACAUUUCUAAAAACGUCCCGGCCACCGACCACGUCAUCCGGAGGGAAACCGAGACCACGUUUUCCGGGAGCCGCUCCUGCUCACCGUCGCACCACUGCUCCACCGCCACACCCACCUCCAGCCACAGACACGAGAGCCACACGUGGAGCCUGGAUCAGACGGAGAGUGUGACCUCGGACUCCCAGUCGGGCAUCCUCAUGUCCUCCGUGGGGACCAGCAAGUGCAACAGCCCGGCCUGCGUGGAGGCCCGGGCCCGCAGGGAGGCCGCCGCCACCGCCGCCGCCUACUGCAGCGGGGAGGCCAGGAGACCCACCAUGCAAUACCACGAUUCCGUGGACUCCCUGCGCGACUCCCCGCACAGCGAGAGGUACGUGUCGGCCCUGACGACGCCCGCCCGCCUGUCGCCGGUGGACCCGCACUACUCGUUGGCCUCGCAGGUGCCCACGUUCGAGAUCACGUCCCCCAACUCCGCCCACGCCUUCUCCCUGCCCCCGGCCGCCCCGGGCAGCUUCCGCCUGGCCGAGCACCAGCCCCUGCUCCGCCGCUCGCCCGCCCGGCCGGCCCGGCCCGCGGCCCCCGGCCGCCCCCGGGGCCCGGACGCGCGGCGCUACGACGGCCGCCGCCCGCGGCGGGGCGGGCCGUCGGACGGGCCGGGCAGCCUGGGCAGCCUCUGCGGGCCGGGCGCCCCGCCGGCCAGCCCGCCGCGCCCGCCCGACGACGACGAGUACGAGACCACGCAGGAGUACGCGCCUUCCCGCGGGGAGCCGGGGCCGCGCAGGGGGCCGGGGCCGGGGGGCCCGCACCGUCGCUGGCGCCGCUCCCGAGGGGACGGGCACGAGGCGUCGAGGGUGCGAGACCGGGAGCGGGAACGGGCCCCGCCCGCGCCCGGCUCCUCCUCCUGCUCGCUCAGCAGCGCCUCCUACAGCGAGUCGGACGAGGAGCUGGUGGCCGAGUACACGCCCUUCCUCGGCGGCGCCAGAGGGGGCGCCAGAGACGCGGACUCGCCCGCCCGGGGCCGGCCGGCGCGCGCCAGGACUCCCUGCGGCCCCGACGGACACAACGCUCGCGAGAGCGGACACGGCCGGGCCCCGCGCGCACGCUCCAAACGAGACUCGGCCCCGCUCUAGGCCCCGCCCCCUCCCCGCCCGCCGCCGAUUCGGAAGGGAGAGCGCCCCCGCGCGGAAAGAAAAAGAAAUAAAAAACUAUUUUUAUUUUCUAUAAAAAAAACACAAAAAAGGGGAGGGGGGGGGGAAGAACUAUAACAAAAUGGUUUAUUUUCAUUUUAGGAGAGGUUGUCUUCUACUAGCUACCGGCAAAGACUUUUUUUAUAGGGAUACUAUUUAUAUGUAACAUCUUGAUUUACAGCUUCCAAAAAGGCCGUGGGCCAACUUUUUGACUAUUUAAUAGAAACCUAUAUUGUGGUGCCUUUUUGCUGUAUGCUAAUAUGGAGCCCCGGGGAUUGGCGUGGGGGAGGGAAGGGGCGGCGCUGGGGUCGGUGAGGUGGGGGGCCGGCGGGGUCUGCCCUGUUUCCCCCUCCCCUCUGUGCCCUGGGUCUGGGGCACCGGGGAGAGAGUGGCUCCUAAAUGCCUCCUGCUCUCGGUCGGCGGAGGGGCGGGGAGGAGGAAAGGGGGGAGGGCGAGAGAAGGGGAGAUGGAGAGUGACAGGAGAACCAGGCCGCGGUCCAUCCAGAUGCCCCCUGACCCCGGGCCCGCAGAAGGCCGCGCUCCCCUCGACGAGGCCUGGGGGAAGGGGCCGAGGGUGGGUGACGGCCCCCUGCCCGCUCCAGAGAACCCGGAGGGUGGGAGGCGGAUGGAUCGGGACCGGGGCAUGGGAGCGGGAACCCCAAAAUCGAGCCCGCAGGCGGGGAGGGUGCCUCAGCUCCCAGCCCGGGUCCUGCCCGCUGGAGGAGGCUUCACCCGGUGGGGGGGGUGGGGAGGUGCGGGUUUCCUCCGCAGCCUAGAGAGCAAGGCCGGGGUGGGGGGGCACGGGAGACCCCUCCCCUCCCCUCCCCCCCCCCAGCGGGAGGGCCCAGGGCUCCUCUCGGUUCUGUGCAGCACUCUUGUUUACACAAUAGCCUUUUCUAUUUUCCGCCUGCAUGCCCUUCGCAUUUCAGAUACUGUAGAUUGGAUGCAUGGUGAAGCUGCGACUGAGAAGAUAGUACAACAACCGGCCGUGUGUUUGAUUUAACCUUUUAGCAAUAAAGUAACUAACUUCCCCCUUCCCCUCCGCCGCCCCCAGGCCCGGUUCCCGCCCCUCCACCCUCCCCCACCCCUGCGGGGCCCGGAGGAAAACCGGCUAAUUGGUCCUACAGGUGAUUGUAACCAAACGAAGAUUGCCACCACGAACCAAUGGGAAGUUUGCUCUGGGUUGUCUGAAUGUCCGAACUCCUGACUGUUGAACACUUGAACAUUUUUUUUUUUUAGAUUAUAAAUAAAACCAGAAAGAAC